CGUUGCAUCGUGCAUGCAGAGUUCGUGCGCGUUCGGUCCGUUUACGCGUACGUUCGCAGCGCACACGCAUAUCACAAUCACGUCUCCUUCAGCAUACUCUCUAAACGUAUCGCAGUGUCUUCCUAUCAGUGGUAACACACCAUCGAAAAUUCAACACGCAGCCAACGAAAACAUUAAAACACAAUGUGCGUUACUUAAAACUCAAUUCAUUAUUAACAUUAUUGGUGAUUUUGUACUUGUGGACUUGUCUCGAAAAUAUCAGUGGAAUGUUACUGCUACAUCGUGCGAAUUUUGUGUGAACUUGUUUCGGUUUUUUGUUUAUUAUCUGCCGGUGUGUGUGCGAGUGAGUGUGGUGUGUUGUUUUGUUGAUAACGCAGGCACGCACAGGACGCAGAGGACGAUGAUGCAGCGUCGCAUUGCAACGUCGUCGCGGCCGUCGCUGUUUUAGUCGCUCUUUCGAGGAGGUUUGGUGAUUCGAACGCGGCUCGCGGUUGUUGUUGUUCGCGGUGAAGAUGUGCAGUGUCGUGUGGCGACUUUUGUGUAGGAGCAUGUCACAUGGAUAUUUAUUACACUUUUUCCUUCUGUUGCUCAACUUAUUACAGUGCGCGCAUGGCUCCGGUUUCUUUGAACUGCAGGUGCUGGAGAUGGUCAACCCGCUUGGGGAGCUGACGAACCGGGAGUGUUGUGGAAAUGCCGGCGGCGCUGGCGUCGGAAACGGCAUCGGCAUCAUGCAGCGUGCCUCGCUGGCAUCGCGCUGUACGACGCCGUGCAAUACUUUCUUCCGGCUUUGUCUCAAAGAGUAUCAGAGCAAUGUGACCAGCACCGGGUCGUGUUCCUUCGGGAACACAUCCAGUCCGGUGUUAGGUCGUGAUACCUUCACUCUUGCGGAUCCUGAACGCGGAAAACUCGUCUUGCCAUUCAGCUUUCGAUGGACGAGAUCUUUCACACUCAUCUUACAAGCAGUGGACCACAAUAACUAUUCAGAUCCAGUGAGUAACAACCUGAUAGAAGAAGCCACGUAUUCAGGGAUCAUCGAUCCGAGUGCAGAUUGGCAUACGUUGGACUUCAAAGGGAGGCAGGCGAGGUUGACUUAUCGAGUACGAGUACAGUGCAAUACUCAUUAUUAUAAUGCAACGUGUACGAAAUUCUGCCGCCCGCGAGAUGACAAGUUUGGACACUACAUGUGUGAUUCAAACGGCGACAAGGUGUGCAUCGAUGGAUGGAAGGGCAACAAUUGCGAGACGGCUAAAUGUAAAGAUGGAUGCCAUUCAGAGCAUGGAAAGUGCGACAAUCCAUGGGAAUGCAAUUGUCGAAUUGGAUGGCGUGGCGAAUUCUGCGAUCAAUGUGAACCGUAUCCGGGAUGUAAGCACGGCUACUGCAACGGUUCCUCAUGGCAGUGCAUUUGUGAUACCAAUUGGGGUGGCAUCCUCUGCGAUCAGGAUUUAAAUUCAUGCGGGACACGUGAACCGUGUCAAAAUGGCGGAACAUGCGAAAAUACCGCCCCUGAUAAUUACCGCUGCACAUGUCCCGAGGGAUUCUCUGGAACCAAUUGUGAGGUGGUGGACAACCCUUGCGCGCCUGCGCCGUGUCAACAUGGUGGUACAUGUUUGGAGGCGGCUGGCAGCUUCACGUGCGAAUGCGUGCCUGGAUGGACGGGACCCACGUGCGAGAUAGAUAUUGAUGAAUGCGCCUCGUCUCCGUGCCAGAAUGGCGGUACCUGCAUUAAUCUCGAGGAUGCCUUCAGGUGCGACUGUUCUCCUGCAUGGGAGGGCAACCUGUGCCAAUUUGACGCCAACGAGUGUCUGCUGGAUCCGUGCAUCAACGCAGUGGCGUGCACUAAUCGCGUCGGCGAUUAUCACUGCCAGUGUCGCGUUGGUUGGGCCGGCCACAAUUGCAAUCAGAACAUCAACGAUUGCGUCGGCCAGUGCCAGCACGGCGCGACGUGCAUCGAUCUCGUCAACGACUAUCAUUGCGCCUGCCCACCUGGAUAUACAGGCCGCGACUGCGCCACGGACAUCGACGAUUGUGCCUCGAAUCCGUGCAAAAAUGGCGGCGAAUGCGAUGAUCAAGUCAACGCCUUUCGAUGCAUCUGUCCCGUGGGAUUCACCGGCCACGAAUGCGAGAACGACCAUGACCACUGCAGCCCCAAUCCUUGCGAUAACGACGCCCCGUGCCUUAACACACAAAGCGAUUACUACUGCCAUUGCCACGAGCGCUGGCAGGGAAAGAACUGCAGUACACCGCGGAUUGUCUGCGAUAAUCCACCAUGCGACGAUGGAUUCGACUGUAUGUUGUCGUCACUGGUUGGCGGCCGACUCUCUGACGUUGACAUGUGCGGGGAACAUGGCCAGUGCGUCAAUCAUCUAGGCUUCGGGUACCGGUGUUCCUGUAAACCGGGCUAUACAGGGAAAUACUGUCAUGAGAAUAUUAAUGACUGCAAGGCGAAUCCUUGCGAAAAUGGCGGCACUUGUAUUGACAAAAUCAACGACUUUCAAUGUAUUUGUAAAGAUGGCUGGGAGGGAGCUCUGUGCAAUAUAAAUACAGACGAAUGCAGUGCAACUCCUUGCCAUAACAAUGGAACUUGUAUUGACAAAGUGGCUGACUUCCAAUGCGACUGCCGUAAUGGAUGGAAAGGUAAAACGUGUCAAUUGAAAGACAGCCAUUGCGAUCAUUCUACGUGCAAAAAUGGUGGCACGUGCCAAGAUUUAGGCAACACCUUUGUAUGUCGAUGCCCUGCUGGCUUUGACGGAACAACAUGCCACCUAUCCAAGAGAACCGCGUGUCGUUCAAAUCCUUGUCUCAAUGGUGGUACUUGCGUCAACAAUGGCGAUUAUUAUCAGUGUUUGUGUCGAGAAGGAUUUGAAGGUAACCAUUGUCAGGAAGACGUCAACGAUUGCAAUCCACAACCUUGUUACAAUGGCGGAAAAUGCAUCGAUGGAGUCAACUGGUUCUGGUGUCAGUGCGUCAAUGGUUUCACUGGUCCUGAUUGCCGAAUCAACGUCAACGAUUGCGCCUCUAAUCCUUGCGGGUAUGGUGCAACGUGUGUGGAUGGUAUUGCAGAUUUUCAAUGUAUCUGCCCCCCUGGAAAACGUGGUAAACGUUGUCAAUGUAUGUUUUACAAAACUUUUUUUUUAUCAUAUUACCGUUUAUUAAUUUUUAUUUUAUUUCUUAUUUUAGUUGAUGAUAUCUCGUACCUACCACUUCCGGGAAGCUGCAACUGGCAGGGCCAUUUUCUGGAGAACAACUCAACAUGGCAGCACGAGUGCAACACGUGUGUUUGCAUCAACGGAGCUGUAAAAUGCACGCGCAUCUGGUGUGGGCUGGGUAAUUGCCGCGCUGGGCACAACAACCCUAACUAUCUUUGUAAUAACAAUCAAGUUUGCGUACCGAUGACGGAAACUUGUCUCACACCACCGUGCCAUCCAUAUGGCGAAUGUCGUGAUUUGGAAAGUGGGCGACGUGUGAAACCUCCUUCACUUCCUGCGCCGAGUUCCUGUUGGCCUAAUCAAGCAAUUUUGAGUAACACAUGCGCUCGUCUUACUCUCUUGGUGGAUAGGAGUAAGCUACCUAGAGGUGUAACUGUUGAAGGACUCUGCAAUGAUCUUCGGCGUUUAUUGGCGAAUUAUGAACUUGCCAAUGAUUCUCUCAACGAUUUAGUUUUGCUUUGCGACUUAAAGCUGGAGUAUAACGAUUCAGUUGAAGUUACUUUAAGUGGAAAUGAUGGUGUUAUCGAUGGAAUUCGUAUCCUUGGGGAAGCAAUUUCACGCAAGCAAACUUCGUUAUUAGCUCUCACGUCUAUAGUAGAAGUUAAAGUUGAGACUGCUUUGGUAUCUGAAGAACCAUCCAGCAAUAAAUACCUAAUAACGUUAGUUUUCUUCCUGAUCAUUCUUCUCUGCGCUGCUGGGCUUUCAGUUCUAUACUUUUUGCGUCAACGCAGACGCAAUUUGGGCCUUAGUGGAAUGAAUUUAUCACCAAGCUCGGAAUCUUGCCAUAGGAAUCAUGAAGAUGAGAAGAAUAAUCUACAGAAUGAAGAAAACCUUCGAAGAUAUGCGAAUCCUCUAAAGGACGAUGUUGGUAGUCUAGCCAGCAUCAACACUGUGGCGGGUUGUGGGCUGGAUAUGCCUAAAGUAAGUGUAGUGCGGCCAAUUUCUUCAAUACUGCCGCAUGAAUCAUCCAGUGAGAUGCUCGAGAUGAUCUCUGAAACGGAGUGCGCUGGAUCACGCAAGGGAAUGCUCGUCGCACCCGGCACCAGCUCAGAGCACUCACUGAAGAUCAACGACAUUGCCUUCCAUGACGGCCUUAAACCGGCGCAUCGCAGCAGUCAGAUCAUGCUCUACAAGGCGCAGAAUCCUGACGUACGGAAAAACACAGCCGCCUUUGAUGACUCUUCCGGCCACAAGGACUUCAGUAAGAGUGUGAUCAAUGUGAACAAACCACGGACAUCGUCGCAACAUACGCACGGUUGCGGCAGUGCAAGCGCGGAUGUGCUCACGGUGCUAGUUUAAAUUUGCUAGAGUAGCACCGCUCACGGAGGGGCCAGUGUAAUAAAUAGUAAAGUAAUGUCAAGCCAAUGUUAGGCAAAUCUAAACAAUGUAAAUCGAGGCAAUGUGUAGUCGAGCCGAACCGAUAAUAUCGAUAAUGUGACACAAUAUUUUCUUCCUCACAUUUUAGAAUGUCACUUUCUCGCCAGAAUAUUUUGAUAAGUGCUAGCUGCAAGCUGUAAGCAAGCUAUUUAUGAUCUCGUGAUGAUAUGAUGAAAGAAAAUUAAAUGACGACAAGAUUAUGUAUGUAUUUAUCGAUGUAUCUGAUAUAUCUGAUGGACGUCACAAAUCACGAUCGGUUUGUCUCUUUAGUGUGAUAUUAUUUAAUACUUGAGUUUGUUUUUCUUUCCUGCGCAAUUUUGUUAGCAAAUCUCUAUAGUUCUACUAUUUUUGCAAGGUUCAUGCAUUUCUGUUGAACUUAAACUUGUGGAGAGAGCACAUAAAUGCAGGAACCAACUUAUUUAAUUAAAAUACGGCAAUCAUGAUGAAUGUUGAACGCGAUGAUUGGUGUAAAUAUUUUUGUUUUUUGAUUUUUUAUAGUAUUUUAUGUUUUUGCGUAUGUAUUUAUUUAUAAUUUGUUCCUGAUAUACAUGUAAACUAUUGUAGUUUAUUAUAAUUUUUGCCGGAGAAAGAAAGAAGUUCUAUGAAACGUAAAGAAAAUCUGUAAAGUUGUAACUGUUUUACAUCUCGACGUCGAAUGGAAACUAUUGCGACUUCAUUGGCAAAUGCAAUCGUCGAAAUGUAGAACAGAGUUAUAUUUAUAGUGAUACUGUACUAAGUUAAGCGACAAUUGUACAUAUGUAUAUAUUAAGAGAUUAUUAAUUGAUUGCGCGAUACGUCGCGACAGAUUUAUAGAAAUUUAGCUAUUCCAUAUUGAUAAUACUGUAAUUUAUGAUAUGUAAGUGACGGCGCAUGUUGAAUUUUCGAUUAUCUGUGUCUUAUUUGCGCGUACUUAUCGAUGGCAUUCACACUCACUGUUUCGUUAACGGGACUUAACAUCGAACGUUUAAGAGAACGUUGCAAAUGUUAAUAAUCAUUAAGUAUUCUUAAAGAGAAUAUCGUAAAUAUCGUCGAUUGUUGCGAAAACAGGCGAUACUAACAUUUCAAGUGACGAAAUUUUAGAUUUAAUUAAUUCUAUUUUAAACUAUUUAUAAAAGAUAAUUGUAUGUUGUAUAGAUAACUUCUGUUCCCGGCUAAAUAGUCUAGCGUUUAAUUAGUUCUUAAAGUUUAAUAGAGACCAAGGCGAUAAAUAUCUGAUAUAUAAUUGAUGUAUAUUAUGUAAAGAAGAUAAUUUCAUGAAUGUACUAAUUUUAUAAAAAUUGAUUCAGAUAAAAAAUAUUGAAAAUA